CGCCAGCAGCCGCCCCAGAGGCCCCCGCGGCAGUGCGGUGGCGCUGAGGCGCGUUCCUUGCCUGCUCCGCGCCGCCCGCCCGGGGCCGCCCUUCUUCGGCCCCCGGCCGCCGCCGCCCCGAUGAGCUCGUACUUCGUGAACCCGCUGUACUCCAAGUACAAGGCGGCGGGCGAGGCCAUCAAUCCCACUUACUACGACUGUCACUUCGCGCCCGAGGUUGGCGGCCGCCACGCCGCCGCCGCCGCCUUGCAGCUCUAUGGCAACAGCGCCGCCGGCUUCCCGCACGCGCCCCCGCAGGCGCACGCGCACCCGCACCCGUCGCCGCCGCCUGCCGGGCCGGCUUGCGGUGGUGGGGGCGGCCCCGGUCCCGGCCAGGAGUACUUCCACCCCGGAGGGGGCAGCCCGGCCGCAGCCUACCAGGCCGCCCCCCCUCCGCCGCCGCCGCCUCCCCCCUGCGGCGGGAUUGCCUGUCACCGGGAGCCCGCGAAGUUUUACGGAUACGAUAACUUACAGAGACAGCCGAUUUUUACGACCCAGCAAGAGGCCGAGCUGGUACAAUAUCCUGACUGUAAAUCGUCCAGUGGUAAUAUUGGCGAGGACCCAGACCACUUAAAUCAGAGCUCGUCUCCUUCUCAAAUGUUUCCCUGGAUGAGACCACAAGCAGCUCCUGGUAGACGAAGAGGAAGACAAACCUACAGUCGAUUCCAAACCCUAGAGCUGGAAAAGGAAUUCCUUUUUAACCCUUAUCUGACCAGGAAGAGAAGAAUUGAGGUUUCCCACGCCUUGGCCCUCACCGAGAGACAGGUAAAAAUCUGGUUCCAGAACAGGAGAAUGAAAUGGAAAAAGGAGAACAACAAGGACAAAUUCCCGGUUUCCCGACAGGAGGUGAAGGAUGGGGAAACCAAAAAGGAAGCCCAAGAGCUGGAGGAAGACCGAGUCGAAGGCCCGACAAAUUAACUUCCACCUUAAAAAUUUUACCGCAGAUUAUUGAAACUAAUGAUCAGCAUAUGCUGGUGAACACCACCUAUUUUCUUUGUUGGAAAGGACUUUACCUGUAUUUCAAGCUACCUUCAUGUCACUGCACUUGAGGUUUCUGCGCUUUGAGAGGGAUUUGGGUGUUAAAAAAAAAAGUUUCUAGUGUCGUAUAGAAACAGUCCUUGAGCUGUCCUAUGUAAGAGUAAUUUGAUACUGACCUUGUAGCUAUAUUUUUAUAAUGGUAGUUUUUAAUGGCUGAGCUGGUGAUUUUGCCUCAACAACGUAAACUUCCUAAUGUUUAGCACUAAAUAAUUGAAUAUAAAAUGCUUUAUUAAUCAAACAAGUGCACUUGAACAUUUUAAAUUUUUUCUUUAUGGUGAGUAAAUUAAAAGAAGUCUAUUAAUUUUUAAAAAAAAUUAUGCCUGCAGAAUAUUUACUUUAUAUUAUUUGAUUAAAAUGUAUUAUUUAUAUUUUUUCUUUCUACUUUUAUAAUGAAUGGUUCGGGUGCCUUUUGUUUACUCCUAAAAGGUUUCUUUGAGUAUUUUGUAAAUGUAAUAUCUCUGGGAAAAAGUCUGGGCCAAAUAUUCAAAAAGCACAUGUUAGCUGAAAAGUGUAAUGUGUAGUCCUGGCUCUGCAGCUUCCUUAAACUUGGGGAAAAUGUUGGGCCAGUGACAGACGUUUCAGGACAAUGUCGAAGUUGACAUUUAAUAAUUUUUCUAUAGUUUAUACAAAUUAUGGCAAUUUAAUCAUCUAGAGUGAAUGAAUACUUGAAAAACCAAUUAUAACGUUUUCACUCAUACUUUUUACUUUGGCAAGUCGCCUUGUGGAACGCCUCUCGUUUCUGAACUUGCUUUCGUUUUGAACUGUGCUUGGUAUUGCCUGAAAUUGCUAGGUCUCUGUGCUGUGGCCGCCGCUGUGAUUCCGUUUUUUUGAGGAGGUGCCAUAUUUAUUUGUAUUCCCUUCGCUCUGUUUGCACGCCCAUUGUGAGCCAACUUGCUGUGCACGUCUCAGAUGUCGGUUGGUACGUCCUCUGCUGUUCUCCAGGUUGGCCUCACCUAUUUGAAACAAUCCUUGAGAGCAAACGCAGAAAAAUCCGAGUGUAAACAACCGCUGCAGAACAUAGCUAGCUCCUUAAUAAAAGAAAUGAAUCUUU